AUGGCGGAGAAGAGCAAAACAACAGCUGUCCAUUCAGAACAGCUUGACUUAUGGUUAGAAGACCUAACGGGCAGGUUUGAUAAGGCAUUUGAGGAUUCAGGAAAUUCUGUGUCGAUAAACAGAGUGCCCAUGUAUCUCAAGGGUUUAAACAGGCAUGCAUAUGAGCCCCUCGUGCUCUCUUUGGGCCUUUUUCACCACAAGAUAUCUCACCCACUCUCCGAAAUAGAGUUAUACAAAGUAAAUGCCGUAAAUCGAUCACUGAAAAGGCUACCCCAAAACAAUCAGGACGCACGUUUUUUAGUGGAUGGACUGCAGCCUUUGGUUCCAAAAAUUAAAGCAAGUUAUAAAGGAAAAGAAGAGUGUGACAAAAAAUUCCUUGCAUGGCUGUUCACUCUAGAUGGAUGCAUCCUUCUAGAGACUCUCAGGCUUCUUAGUGAUGAAUCACAAUGGAACCUCCAUGCUGACUCACGAUUGAACCUCAAUGGUGAUUCAGGCUGGAACCUGGAUCCCGUUUUCAAAAGAAAAAGGGUUCCCAUGAUCGUCCUCAUUCAGCUGUUGGAGAUGGAGGAAAACUUAACAGAAGAAAUAGCAAGGAUAGAGCUGCUUAGAAUGAUAUGCGAUGAGUCCAAGAGUAUCCAUGAGGGGAAAAAGAUAGAGGAUGUUCGUGUUACGCUACCAGAGAGACGCAGUGUUCUUCAUCGUCGCGGUCAUAAAACACUUCAUAAACGUAAAAGGGAGUGCCUAAUGGCUUCUGCGACUGAGUUAUUCGACAACGGAAUGAAGUUUAAGUCGUACGAGGGAGUUCCGUCCAUCAGGUCCCGCCGUUUCGACAAAGAGAAGAAGACUCUGUUUCCCAGCACGUAA